AUGGAGGGGGAAGGCGACAAUGUGAUGCAUCAUUGCAACGAAGUCCUCAACAUCAGCGCGAAGCUCAGCAGCAUCGGCGCCAAGAUAGCUUCGAUUGCGGGCGUCGUGAAAGUGCUCACGAACAUCAAGAGGCAAGGUGACAAGACGACAUCGGUGAAGAAUGAAGACGCGACCAAGCAGAAGAACGAAAAUCAAGGCGGAGCUCGACGCGGCGGCAACAAUGCUCGUGGACGCGGAGCCAACAACGUUCAGUGGCGAACCAACAGCAACUACGACGACAACUACGAUCGAGUUGCGUUCGCGGUUUCGCUGGAGGCUGGACUUUCGACGGGCAAGAAUAUGCCAGGGAUGUGGGCAGUCGAAAGCGGUGCGACGCAUCACAUCUGCAACGACAAGACCAAGUUUGCAAGCCUGAAUGAGCGAGAGGAAGGCGAACUAUCAGUGGCUGAUGGCGGCAAGGCUGCGAUCAAGGGUGUGGGAACCAUCAUGGAACGGGUGGUUCUGCCCAAUGGUGACGAACGCGACAUCAAGAUCAAGGACGCACUGUUCGUACCAAGUAUGAGCAAGAAUUUGCUUUCGGUGCCACAGAUCAACAAGGGUGGAAGGUUCCAAGUCGUGUUCGAUGGGUCCAAGAUGCAAGUGAAGCGCAAGAAUUCCACAAAAGUCGUGGCAACAGCGGAUCUCGUCGAUGGACUUUACUGGCUGCGGACUCCUCAACGAUCGGCGAAUGCAGCAACACGCAAUGGGACUAUCGACUUGCAUGCGCGCAUGGGUCAUGCACCCCUCGAAGUUCUGCACAAGAUGGUGGCCACCGGCAUGAUCAAGGACGCCAAGGCACCUCUCAACUCGACUGGUCCAAGUGUGUGUCGCGGUUGCCAGCAAGGAAAUAUGGUCUAA